AUGGUCGACAGAGAGGCUAUUAUGGAGGAGGAGGAGUUAAUUACGGAUGGCCCUCAUAUGCUGGAGGCUAUCUUGGAUCUGUGGGAUAUGGAGGCAAUUAUGGUGGAUACAAUAAUGGAUACAACAAUCUUGGGUAUGGGAACUCUUGGAGAGGUUACGGCGGGGGAUUCGGCGGUUUUGGAGGAAGCAAUUACGGAAAUUACGGCAACAAUGGAUUUGGAGGAUUCGGGGGAUCUUUCGGUUUUGGAGGAUCCGGUGGUACUUAUUGCCGUGUCAGUCGUUCGACGCGAGGGGAUGGAUAGUGCAGCAUCGAGUAUUGGAUCCAUGCUCUCUGAAAGCCUUCGAAAAAUGAUUCAAAAGGCUGAAGUCAUUGCGGAAAGAGAUACCGAUUCUGAUGCAUCCAUUGACCUGGAGGAUAUUGUUGAUGGUGAAGACUGUAGCUCCGAGGAUGAUGUUGAUGAGUAUUUCGUCUCCCGCUUUUUCGCUGCCGACACAGAUCAAAGUUCGUCACUCAUGGCGAAGGCUUCAGAAGUUAAUGAACAGGAAGGAGUUCUCAGUGGUUGUGGAAUUGUGGGUUGUAAAUUCUGCUUGGAAAUCGAAGAUCUGGCUCGAAGAAGUCGAGAAAACUUCCUGAGAUCAAAGUUCGAGUAUUCUUCGGUUGUUGACAGCUCCCAGGCUCCGGUUGUUCGACUGGAGCGAUGUUCUGAUGCAGAUUUAUUGGUAUCACGUCUUGAUUUCCGAUUUCGUAAAGAAAGAAGAAAUGUGGCCCAGCUAGAUGAAGGGAAUUGUGUUCAAGAGAACGCAUCUGUCGACAUGAAUCUUGUGCGUGAAAAAGUAAUCGAGCAGAAUCCUGUGACAACGCGAAGCUCUGUUCUAUUUGUUGAAAACCCAACCAGCGUUUUAGGCGCUCCAUCGCCUCCUCGAAAUUCUAUGGAUACAUUGGAGCAAACCACCUCAAAUGCGAAGUCCGCUAUGAAAGUUAGUUCUUCGCCGUUGGAGAAAAAGCCGAGAUUUCUUCCGAUCAAGUUUGACUUCGGCUCUGGUUCCUUGAAGUCGGAGAUUUCCGAAAGUAAAUCGAUUUCACCGAUGAGUCGAUUGAAAUCCGAAAGAGUUGAGCCAAUUAUUCCCGUUGAUUUAUGGAAAAGUCGUCAAGAAAGCGACGAUGAGCUGGAAAAUUAUGACAUCCGAAAUUCCUCGCCUGUGUCUUCGAACGCAUCCUCUGCAAACCUGUUUGAUAACCAUGGUAGACAACCUGAACGAGCAUUACCGACUUGCUCUUUUGAAGAAGAAGAAGAAAUGGUUCAGUUAACGCUGUGGUUUGGUGAACCAAAUGUUACUUCUGUUACGAAUGAGCCGUUGGAGAAAGUGAGAAAAGAGCCACGAAGGAAAGCGCUAUCUGAAGUUCAAAUAAGGCCUGGAAAGCGUCCAAAACUACCCAUUCGACGAAGAGCUUUGUAUGAACAUGAUGAUGUGGACUUCGAUGUAUACCUCCGCCAACGUUUCUAA